AUGGCAUCCGACAGGCUUGUUAUAUUAUUAAGUGGCAAUCGCCACGGUUUUCUUGAUAGCAGAAUGCUUUUCAGCAAAUUACUCGUCUCUGCGAUCUCUCUCGCUCCUUUGGUUUCCGCUGUUCCAGUAGGAAACGUCCAUGGUCAUCGUCAUCACAAUCAAACCGCUAUUAAGAGAGAUGGUGGUGGAUUCUCUGACGGUGUCUAUGAUUGCUCGCAUUUCCCUGAGGACCAAGACGGUGUUGUAAAGCUUGACUACCUAGGCUUCGGCGGAUGGACAGGCGUUCAAAAGAACGAUGGUAAUUAUGGUACUGCUUCCACUUGCGAAGAUAACACCUACUGUUCUUAUGCUUGCAAGCCUGGUAUGUCCAAGACUCAAUGGCCUUCGGAUCAACCCGGAAGCGGUCAAUCCGUUGGUGGCUUGUUGUGUAAGAAUGGCAAACUCUAUAAGACCCAAAAAGGCUCCAACAACCUUUGCGAAGGUGGUCAUGGCAAUGCUUAUGUCAAGAACAGCUUGGGCUCUAACGUUGCCAUUUGCCGUACUGACUACCCCGGUACUGAAAACAUGAACGUGCCUACCAACAUUGACUCUGGUUCUCAACAACCUCUCUCUGUUGUCGACGAAGACAAUUACUACAAUUGGGGUAACAAGAAGACCUCUGCCCAAUACUACGUUAACAAGUCUGGCCGCUCUGCUCAAGACGUUUGCGUCUGGGGCAAUGAAGGUGAUGACUUUGGUAACUGGGCUCCUUUGAACUUUGGUUCAGGUUACACUGAUGGCAAGAUCUGGUUAUCUAUGUCCAAGAACCCCUUAAACUCCAAGUCUAACGUUGACUACAAGAUCAGCAUCAAGGCUGAUGGUGGUUCUCUUAGCCACGACUGCAGCUACGAAAACGGCUCCUUCCAUGGAGAUGGUGCUACUGAUGAUGGUUGCACUGUUUCCGUCACCGGUGGUGGUGCUUACUUUGAAUUGCAUAAUUAA